UCUGUACUGUAUGUAUGUAAUACUGUAUUCUUAUGUGUCAGUGAUCUGAACUCCUCAUAAGAAGUAGACAGGUUAUUGACAUGUCAAUGUUUUCAGGUUUAAUUAUGGCAAAAACAGCCGCGGAAAGGCAGAGGGAGUACAGGGCCAGAAGAGAUGCUGACCCAGAGAAAAGGGAAAACUACUUGAGGUGUGAGAGGCAGAGAUGGAGAAAAAAUGUAGAGGCAGGAAAGAAGAAGGUAAUCGGCGAGUUGAGUAGGAGAGAGCAGGAGAGAGAAGUGGCGACAGGCAAAGAAACGUCAGAAGACAAGAGAGCAGCAUGAUGCAGUUGAGGUGACCUACCCUGUACCUGUACCGGAAACAGAGAGUCAUGGGCUCAUGUCACAUGAGGCUACAAGACAAUCCGUGCAUGGAAAGAAAAAAACAAGAAAAUCAAAAGAAAAGAUGAAAAAAAGGAUAGCAGAACUAGAGGAAUUACUUAAGAAAGAGAAACAACUGAAGGAGAGAUACAAAAAAAGGCUACAACGUGCACAGAGGGAACCAAGCACACCACCAUCAGUCAGGAAAACUUUGGAUUACCACCAAAUUCUGACAACUCAAAUAAAGGAUACAUACAGGCAGGCAAGGAAGGAAAAGGACAGACAGUUGAUCGCACGAGUAGUGGUGGGUGGAAUAAUAACAAAGUAUAGAAAGCGGAAGAAGUCCGAGAGUGUCUUGGGGUUUUCAAAAAAACGGAGGAACCUGAGCGGUUGGGGAACCGGGACAUUUCAGCGCAAAAAGAUCACAACGUUUGAUGAGGCCAAGGAUAAAGUCAAGGACUUCUUUACCCGGGAUGAUGUAAGCCGCAUCACCACAGGGAAGAAACAAACCUCAACGAAAGACAAAAAGAAGAUGCAAAAGAGGUUCCUCGUUGACACAAUGAAAAAUCUACAUCGCAAGUACCUCUCGGAAAAUCCAGGGCGACUGUCAUAUUCAUUGUUUUGUCGCCUCCGGCCGUUCUGGGUAGUUAAGCCAUCCCUUGCAGAUCGGGACACCUGCAUGUGUAAACUACACGAAAAUCUUGCAUUCGUCACCCAGAAGCUGAAACUACUCCAGCUCAUCAACACAACAGCGCUUGAGGAGCUAGUAGCUCAGAUCUGUUGCAGUACGACCAAUAAGCAGUGCAUGUAUGGCGAGUGCAAUCACUGCAAGAACAGUGUUAUCCCAAUGUCUGACUUAUUCAAGCCAGAAGAAGAAGUUGUCUGUCCGCAAUGGAUAACCAAAGAUAAACAAAAAAAAAAAGGAGGAUGA